AUGUUGGAAGAAGUGAAGCAGCAUCUUGAUCGCGAUGAUAAGUUCAUAAAAACUCUAACAGGUAUAAGGAAAAGACUACGAAGUCAGUACUUAAAUCCUCAAACCCUAGAGGAAUUCAUUCAUGCAUUGGCCCAUGUUCGAGCUAUGAAACGACUAAACUCGUUUUGUUCUAACUUGGAAGGAGAAUAUACAUCACAAUCAGACCAAAUAACUCAACCAGCGCAGGCAGCAUCAUGUCCCCUUGCAAAUUAUACAGAUGCGUCUCAAUUGAUGAAUUCAUCGUUCACUCAAGGAAAUAUGCUGGAGUUGAUUAAUGACUACGCCGAGUAUUCCACGCAAUCAAUUCUUAUGAGAUCCAGAAAUUCGUGUGCCACAGUUUCAAGCGAAUCAAUUACACCAAAAAAGAAAACAAUAGGUAUUCUAGACUGCCCAGAUGAAAUUCUUAUAUUGAUAUUUAUAAAGUGCUUUAAUGCUACAUACAAAGAAAGCUUUCCAUUCGCUUUUACCUAUCGAAGGGAAAAACACACUAUACUUGAUGAUGUGCCAUAUACUUGUACCCGCUUUCGUAAAAUCCUAAGUCCUACGAAUGAUGGGUUUUGGAGACGCGCCUUAGAUUUACACAAACAUUCUGUGACUUCGUCAACUCAUACUCUUUCAUCUCCUAAAGUUCAAAUACCAAAUGUUCUUCCUGUUUUGUUGGAUCCAAGUAUCCAAACAUAUUCAAAUAGCUCACCUUCAUCCAGCUUGGUUUCGUCACCCUCGCCAAUUCAUACACAAAAUAGCCUUCCUUUGGAAAGCCCUAGUGGAGAAUCUUCUUAUAUUGAAUUUGCUUGCAGCGUUGUUGGUCGUUGUAGUGUUUGCAGAUUGCUUCCUAAGCGUACGAGAGGUCGAGAAUGCAUAAGGUCGUUUUACAGAGCGUCCAUUGCAACUAAUGUUUGUGAUCAAUGCUUAGAGGCAAUCAUAGACUUUUAUGAACCAGUAAGUCGGUAUAAUUUUAAUGUGAUGAUAUACCAAAUUGGUGUUGGUUAUAUUUCUAGACCAGGCCAACGAUAUCCUUCUUGGCUUUCAGAACAUGUCCAGUUUGCCAGAGACGAAGAGAGAGCAUAUAAAUACAUUUCUUCCUCGCAGAUCGAAUUUGCGAGUAGGUUGUAUAAGCUAUUUCAGUCUCAAUGUUGA